GCAACGCGUUCGGCAUCACGCCACCACUCCACUCUCCCUCAAUACUGGCUUAGUGCCUGCCUCACUCACUCACCAUUGCUGCAGAGCUCGCAUAAAUAGGCAGAUCCGUGGUGCUACUCUCCCGACUCAUUCGCCCUUUGGAGCUUUGGGGGGCCUCUGCUUCUUCUUCGUCUUGGCGUGCUCCACUGCUCUUCCUUCCUGAGCUGGCUUCUUCUUUACAGGAGCCAUGGCGAAAGACUACCCAGCCUCUCCCAAAGCCCAGCAGCUGCAGGAGUCCAAGAAGCAGCGCCUGACCUACAUCCUCGUGGUGAGCGCGCUCUGCAUCGCCUUCUACGUCCUCGGCGCAUGGCAGAACACCACGCUGCCGAAGCCCGUGGGCAACUCCGCGGCGAUCACCCAGGUCGGCUGCGACCCCGCCACGGCCACGACGCAGACCUCCUCCGGCUCCGUGCCGUCGUUCGGAUCGGGCUCCGAUGACGCCCUCGACUUCGACGCGCACCACCAGCUCAACGUCAGCGACACAGAUGCCGGCGCGGCGCUGCAGCAGUUCCCGGCGUGCCCGCUCAACUUCAGCGAGUACACACCCUGUGAGGACCGGACGCGCGGGCGGCGGUUUGACCGCGCCAUGUUGGUGUACCGGGAGCGGCACUGCCCCGGCAAGGACGAGCAGGUCCGGUGCCUCAUCCCGGCGCCACCCGAGUACAAGACCCCCUUCAAGUGGCCACAGAGCAGAGACUAUGCCUGGUUCAACAACAUUCCCCACAAGGAGCUCAGCAUUGAGAAGGCCGUGCAGAACUGGAUCCAGGUGGAGGGCAACAAGUUCCGGUUCCCCGGUGGCGGCACAAUGUUCCCACGCGGCGCCGAUGCCUACAUUGACGACAUUAAUAAGCUCAUCUCGUUGACAGACGGGAAGAUCAGGACGGCGAUCGACACGGGCUGCGGGGUUGCUAGUUGGGGGGCUUACUUGCUGAAGAGAAACAUCAUUGCCAUGUCGUUUGCGCCGAGGGACACGCAUGAAGCUCAGGUGCAAUUUGCACUCGAACGAGGUGUCCCUGCCAUCAUCGGUGUGAUGGGGAAACAUCGGUUGCCUUACCCAUCUAGGGCAUUUGAUAUGGCGCAUUGCUCGCGCUGUCUGAUUCCUUGGUAUGCACAUGAUGGACUAUACCUUGCUGAAGUCGAUAGAAUCCUAAGGCCAGGAGGUUAUUGGAUUCUCUCGGGUCCUCCAAUCAAUUGGAAGACGCACUACAAGGGGUGGGAGAGGACCAAGGACGACCUUAAGCAAGAGCAAGACAAGAUUGAGGAUGUCGCCAGGAGCCUUUGCUGGAACAAGGUGGUUGAGAAGGCGGAUCUCUCCAUCUGGCAGAAGCCUAAGAACCAUCUCGAAUGUGCCAGUAUCAAGAAGACCUAUAAGAUACCCCAUAUAUGCAAGAGUGACAAUCCUGAUGCUGCUUGGUACAAGCAGAUGGAAGCCUGUGUUACUCCAUUGCCUGAAGUAAGCAACCAGGGAGAAGUUGCCGGUGGAGCGGUGGAGAAAUGGCCAGAGAGGGCAUUUACAGUUCCCCCAAGGAUUAAAAGGGGCAUGAUUCCAGGAUUAGAUGCUAAGAAAUUUGAUGAGGACAAGAAGUUGUGGGAGAAGAGGGUGGCAUACUACAAGCGCACCACACCCAUAGCAGAGAAUAGGUACAGAAAUGUGAUGGACAUGAAUGCAAACAUGGGCGGGUUUGCUGCUUCUUUAGUAAAGUACCCUGUUUGGGUGAUGAACGUUGUCCCGGUUAAUUCUGACCGGGAUACCCUUGGGGCAAUAUACGAGCGAGGAUUCAUCGGCACAUACCAGGACUGGUGUGAAGCUUUCUCCACGUAUCCAAGAACCUAUGACCUCUUACAUGCUGACAAUUUGUUUAGCAUCUACCAAGACAGGUGUGAUAUUACCGACAUCCUCUUGGAGAUGGAUAGGAUAUUGAGGCCCGAGGGCACAGCUAUCAUCCGUGACACGGUCGACGUCCUCACUAAAGUUCAGGCAAUAACAAAACGAAUGCGGUGGGAGAGCCGCAUCAUGGACCACGAGGACGGCCCCUUCAACCCGGAGAAGGUCCUCAUGGCGGUCAAGACAUACUGGACCGCUGACGCAUCGGAGCAGCAUUAGCACACAGGCAACACAGCUCACUGAAAGCCUGAACCGAGCUUGUUUCACCAGCUGUGAUGAUGGCAUCAGAGUUCCGUCAUCUCAGUGUAGUAUGAGACCACUUGGUCGCUUGUUUCUUUCGCCUUUCUCCAAUUCUUUGUAGUUCCAAUCAAAUGAGAAGUCAAGGGAGGGUUUUGGGGUGUGGUUGGGCCUCUAGUGAUACAAGAGUUGGUUUUGUAGCAGGGGAUGAUUUGCAGAUCUUGCACACGUUACUGUCCCAGGCUCCCAGCUUCACACGAGGGGAAGAGCAUAGAUCUUAGUUUGUAAUAUGAUGGCACCGAACAGGCAGUUAUUAUUACUCUAUAUUGCGAUAACUGAAAUAGGUAUUUAUUCA